GAGAAAGGGUUUCUGAGAGGGAGCGAGAGAAAGAAAGAGAGGUUCAUGGACCAUGUCACAGCUUCAGCGUUCUCCAUGUCUUCUCGUCCACGACGAUGCACUUUAGGAUCUCAAUAAGAUGCGUGUGUGUUUGCAGAUCAUCGGCUUCCUCUUCGCCGCAAACUUUGACCUCCCGCCGCUCCGAGCCCAGGAUCCCUCCUGUUGCCACCAUGCUGCCGAGUUCUCCCCUUGUAAAGAAGCUUGUGAUCAGCUCGCCACUAUAAAGAGUGAGUCUCGUUUGAAACAUCUCCUGCAGAGAUUGCCAAGUUACUGUCCAGAGUCAAUGAAUGAGCUGUGGGUUUGCAUCAACUCUACACUUCCAGGAGUAUCAAGAAAGUCAGACAGCUGGGUAGGGCUUGGUUGUUGUGAGCUGGCUAUCUCAUCGGAGUGCCGCAGGGAAUGCAGACAGGCAUCAUCCAAAAAUGACCUAACAAAAUUAUGCAAAAAAGUCACAGAGAAUCCUCUACACAGCUGCAUCACCAAAAAUGAAAUGGGCUCCACGUGCUGCAGCUAUGCGGGACGUCACACCACCUGUAGAGAGUACUGUCAGGCCAUCUUCAGGACCGACUCAACCCCCACCGUGUCUCAAAUCAACGCCGUCAAAGAGUACUGUCAGAGCCACAGUGCUCAACUCCUCAGCUGUGUCGCUAAUUUCACCAAGUCCUACCCAAUACGCAGCCCUAUAGACAGUCUGUACUGCUGUGACCGGGCGGAGGCUACCCACUGCCAGGUGGCUUGCCGGCGAAUCCUCCGUACCUUGAGCACAGAGCAUGAGAUCAUGGAGGGUUUGAUCGAUGAGUGUGGCUCCCAGCCUCUCCCCCAAGAUCCCAUGUGGCAGUGCUUUCUGGGAAGUGCCCAUCCCCCAUCCCCAACUGAAAAAGAAGUCCCACAUCCUGCCAAAAUGGACUGUGCCAAACUGCACUGCUGCUCCAAGGCCAACACCUCACUCUGCAGGGACAUGUGUCAAGAGAUUAGCACAAACUGGGGCAGCCAAACGUGGCAAGACUUUGACAAGCUGUGUGAGUACAACCCAGUGGAGACUGAGCUGAUCAACUGCCUGGCUGAUGUAAGAGAGCCCUGCCAGUUGGGGUGCAAGGAUCUCUCCUAUUGCACCAACUUCAACAAUAGGCCCACAGAGCUGUUUCGCAGCUGUAACAUGCAGUCAGACCAAGGAGCUAUGAAUGACAUCAAGCUGUGGUCCAAUGGAACAAUCAAAAUGCCUUUUAUGAACAUUCCUGUUCUGGACAUCAGGAAGUGUCUGCCGGAUAUGUGGAAGGCGGUUGCUUGCUCCCUGCAGAUCAAACCGUGUCAUAGCAAGUCCAGAGGGAGCGUCAUAUGCAAGUCGGAUUGUGUGGAAAUCCUGACCCAAUGUGGGGACAGAAAACAUUUUAACGAGGAACAAACUCCUGAGAGGAUAUGUGAGCUGUUGUCGCCCAUUGACGACCCUGAACGCUGCAUCCCCCUCCACAGAUACCUCACCCCAAGUUCCCUGGGAAAUAGUGUGGUUGAAGAGGUCAUCCAUCCAUGCAACCCUAACCCUUGCCCGAGCAACCACUUAUGCCAGGUCAACAGAAAGGGUUGCCUUGAUGAGCUCAACUGUCAGCCAUUUCUCUGCGUGCCAGGCUGUAAACUCGGCGAGGCUUCGGAUUUUCUGGUGCAACAGGACACACGUUUACAGGUGCCGACUCGCAGUGGUCCGGCCGGGUGCUAUGAAGUCUGCACUUGUGGUUCAAGUGGGCGCCUGGAGAACUGUGUGGAGAUGCCUUGUGUGGACACCAGCAAGCCUUGCAUUGUUGGAGGACAGAAAAAAAAUCACGGGGUAUCUUUCAGGCUAGACUGUGACACCUGCUUCUGCUUCGGUGGCCACCCCAUCUGUUCUGACAGAGAAUGUCUCAACAUUGAAAGCUCAGAUGAAGACCGCCUACAUUUUACUGGUCUUCCAUGUAACUGUCCAGACCACUUCAUCCCAGUGUGUGCUUCCAACGGCCGCACAUAUCCUAGUGCAUGUGUGGCACGCUGUAUGGGUUUCAAGGACCAUCAGUUUGUGUUUGGCCAGUGCCGUUUCACUAACCCCUGUGCCAGUAAACCCUGCCAGAGAAACCAGAGGUGUAUCCCAAAAUAUCAAGUUUGCCUGAGCGAAAUGUCGGACUGCCUGCAGUAUGAAUGCAUCGGCCGGCAGUUGGGUUGCGACAAGAACAGUGUGGAGCCAGUCUGCGAUACUGACGGUCUCAUUCACCCCAGUCUGUGCCAACUGCAACAAGCCGGGAAAACUCUUGCCUAUAUGGGUCACUGUCAGGAAGCCUGCAAGAGUCGGCAGCAAGUUUGUGGGCACAAUGGCGAGACCUAUAAUACGGUGUGUGAGGCCUACUCAGACCGGGUGGCUCUUGACUACGAGGGACACUGUCAGGCUGUGGGGGCCAUGUCUGACAUGGCAACUGACUCUGCCUGCAGUCUAAUUUCCUGUCCACGUUUGUCUACAGCGGGCUGCCAGCCUCUCACACCCCCAGGAGCCUGCUGCCCAAUCUGUGCCAGUCUGCUGCAAGUCCUCUGGAACAAGGAACAAAUGAACACUUUCUCUAAGCUAAAUAAGAACCAGCCAGUGUCAGUCCACGAUGUCCUUCAAAUGCUGCGACUUCACGUCUCCGUCCCACAGUGUGAUGUCUUUGGCUACCUCAGUAUUGGUCACGAGCUGGUGAUCCUCAUUGCGCCAGUCGACCAGCAUCCAACGCCUCUGCAGAUUGAAGCCUGCAGUAAGGAAGCCGAGAAGAUAGAUUCCCUCAUCAACUACGCCAGUCCAACACUCGUCUCUCACAUUCCCCUCUCUGCUCUCGUUGUCUCUGAGACCAAGACGUCUUCCGUCAACUCCUCCGGGGGAACUCUGCUAUCGCCCUUGCACCCCGCCUUGUGCUUUCUCCUGGGUCUUUUUUUGGCUGCAGCCUCAAGCCCUCAACAGUUGUAAAUACUCAGUAUGCCCUCCCUUUCCUUGUGUUAUGAUCAAUUCUAUGGCCAUCUUUCAGAAGGAAGCCAUAGCGGUGCCUUUGGACAAUCAUAAAAAUUGACUCGCCAGCGUUUCAAACAAUCAAGGUGGAAAAGCUUUGUACAUACAGUAUUAUGACUGGAUGAGAUCCUCACUUUAUUUCCUGUAGUAUGGUGUCUGUAAGUGUUUUUAUGAGCACAGUGUUGCCCCGCUUAUUUGCGAAUCACCUGAUGUGGGAUUUUGGUGCCAAGGAAUUAUGUUGAAGGGAGGAGAGGAGCUUCAUUUAGACAAGGCGUUGCCCUGUCUAAAAAAAAGUAGUGCUUUGCCACCAUUUUGUGGCACGCAUAGGACAUUAUAAGCCUUAAUCGAGGGGCCGUCACUUGCAGAUUUUUUGCUAUUUGCGGCAGGGCUCGAUUUAUCCCCCGCAAAUAGUGGGGUAACACUGUAUACAGUAUUGGAGUUUAUGUGAAUGUGUGCAUUUGUGUGUGUUCGUGUAUGUUUAUGAAGCAUCUUGCUUCAAAUGAUCAGUGUUAAAUCCCAGCAGCAAGCUCUUCUCUGAAAUUUAUUUGGUCAGAAUUGUAUUAGCCAUUAGGGUCUAUUGAGGCCUUUUUUUGUGUGUUCGCCAUGUGGGUGUGUCUCUUGCCCACAAAUACUAUUUUAAAUACUAUUUUGUUGUACAGUAUACUGCCAGCUAUCAAUCAAAACGUGAGGUACAGUAUACCUCGAUCAGCGUUUGAACCUCCAGCCUCUGCAGUGUUAGCGGUACCAUUGGUAGUUUCGUAGUUCACAUAGUUCACUUUCAUGCAGCUGGUGUGGGAGAAAUUCCCACUUGACAUUUUAAUUCACAAUUGCAAUUGACCAAGUUCAGGGUGUAGUACAAUUUACCGUAACAGGUUCCUUGUGACCCUGACCAGGGUAAGUGGUAUAGACAAGAGAUGGAUCGAUAUUUCGGACGUCUUGUUCAGUGUAGUGCAAGCAUGCUUCACACGUUAUUUCAUUUUUACUACCAAAGACAAUCUAAGAGAUGUACAGAUCACAAAUCACCCAAUCGGUAAGAAGGUUAUAAAACAGUAUGUGGAAUGCAGAAUCAAGGUGAUGGACAAUGGUAACUUUUUGACCAAUAAAAAGAAUAAUGAUCAUAAAUAAGAAAUGGGAAAUUAGCUAAGGAAUUUAAAAACAUAUUCAGGUGCAUCCUUUCCAUGAGAAUUGAAGAUAAUUAAUUAAAAUUUACUGGAAAUAUGGGUUCUUUUUAAAUAAUCAAAUAGUCAUAAUCUGUCAGAUUUGGGGGGAUAUGCUGAGAUAUUGACAGCCAUUUUUUUUGCAUCUUUAACUUUUAUACAAUAGUGGCAACAAAAGUGAGUAAACCCCACAUGAAAAUGUCCAAAUUGUGGCCAAAGUGUCAAUAUUUUGUGUGGCCACUAUUUCCAUCCCUUGGAUGACUUCAGGUUUCAGGUGUUUACUAAUUUUAUUUGGGAUCUGAGCCUUCAUGAUGUAAAAUCUUUGAGUAAUUCCAUUUACAGGCUUGUAAUUCCUUUUACAGGCUUGGGUCGGUUUUGCCACACCCAAUAACUGAGAAUUCCAAAGGGCACACAUUUUCUUGGUGUAUACAGUAUUACAUUUAGAUUCAAGAUUAACUAAAGAGGGUAAGAGUGUUUUGUCCCAUCUGGUCAGUCGUGGUUCAACCAUAAAAUAAAAAAUAAAAAAGUCUCAUUAUAUUAAACUAACUUAUUACUAUUACAGUGUCCCACCACAUAUUCACAAUUUGUUAUCUGUGAAUUCAUCUAUUCUCAAUUUUUUUUAACCUAUUCUCUUUUAUUUGCCGAAAACUCACCUAUUUGCUGUUUUUGUGUUUAGGCCAAAGCCCUGUUUAAUAUAAAAGUAUUGCUUUGGCGCUAUCCUGUGGCAUCUUGGUGACAAGUAACAAUGUUGAGGUGAGAGGAGCUUCAUUUAGUCAGGUAUGCAGUCACUGUCUUAUUAUUAUGGCCACUCCAGACUAGAGAUCAGUGUUUGACACACUUUCUAUUUUAGGCUAUAGGAAUAAUAGAAAGAAUCUCUCUCUCUCUAUCUAUCUCUCUCUCACACUCUUUCUGAAUGAUCUGAACUCCUGUUUCCAUGCCAGUGUCAUAUUGAGCAGAAUAAUGCUACCUUGUGGAUUUCCCUUGUAGGCAUCUGUGUGGAUGUUGCUGAUCUUCCUGUUGUACUUGUUUCGACCACAAACUAGUUGAGACUGACUCAGGUAGUGCACAAAAUGUUGCUCCAGUUGCUUUAAUAUCCACAUAUUUGAUCAUUUAAUCGAUUUAAUUAUUAUUGUUAUGCUCACCCUUGGCCCACAACUUCAUAGUAACUGAAAGUAGGAACAUAAGGACUUGAGCAUGGGAUGAUGAUUAGGUGGCUCCAGCCAUUAUGUUUUGAAAUAUGAAGGCUUGCGAUAUUAAGAAGACACUAAUGUGGGUUAUGGUUUGAAAAAUGAAAAAAAAAAUAUAUAUAUAUGAUGUCAUCCUUAUAUCACAUGUAAAGCGACCCUCGAUCCAUAGAUGGAAUGAAGCAAUAUAAUCAUGGUUUUAGUGGUGAAUUUUAUUGUCCCUAAUUUGAGGGUUGUACAGUAUGACCUUUAAUGCAAUAUUUUUAUGUAUGGGAAGUCGUUUGAGGAUUUAUUCAAUAUCGCUGAUGUCCAUCUUAAGGUCAAUGUACUAGAAUGUUCUUUGUCCUCACAAUUAAGACAAUUCAAGUAGAACGACAGCGUUUCUUACUAGUAAUGUUUUUCCCACUACUAGUGCCAAUUUUGGCCUACUAGUAUGAUCUUAAGAUGAAUAUCAAGGAAAUUACAGUAAAUGAAUGCUCAAACAGCUUUCCAUAAACCCAUUCGAACAUUUAUUCAAUAUACUUAAUAUUGAAUAAAUGCUCAAACAACUCUGAUAUCCUCAAUAUCCAUCCCAUCUUUUGUGUGAGGCCAGUAGUUCUUAAGUUUAAAGUAUUAAAAGGGAUUUCACCUAUUUGUACAUUUACCGUAUAAACUAGAAGCCAUUUAAUUACAAGACAAUCAGCUACCCAUACUCCUCUCUGGGUAGAGAUUUCCAUUGUAUGCCUUGCAUAAUAGUGUCUUAUGAAGUAUUAUUACUAAUGCAAUAUCUUUAUGUAGCUAAUGCAAUAUAUUUUUUGUUAAGAAAGGUCUCUAUAUUUGAUAAGUACAAUAUAUGAAAAAUGUUUCAGAUAACUACCAUGGGUGCCAUGUUUUUGAAUAAAUAGAUGUUAUUUUUGUGCAUGAUGACACUAAUGAAGUGAUUUUCUUCAUGUAUUUUCUAACUGCCUGUACACCACACGUCUUUACCAGUAUUACUGUGCUAGGCAGAUUAGUUCAGGGUGCAAAGAAAUAUUAGGGCCACAAUGGGAGACGUAAAGUAAAAUUACAUGGGAAUUUUUUUUGUAAAUUUAUGAGUAUAAUGUAGCACUGUUAUGAGAAUACAGUAAGUCAAAAGUCAUAUAUUUUAGAAUGAAGUUGUAAAUUUACUGGAAUCAAAUCAUAAUUUGAAAGCGUGAUUGUAAAAGAUUCCCACAUGACUAUUACGACUUUAGUCAUGUAAUAUUAAGACUUAUUUAUCACAAAAUUGUGAAUUUAUUGUCCUAAUGUUUCCACUGAAUUUUUAAAGUAGUAUAAAUGAUUUUAUUACUCCUUCAUAACUGGGAAAGCUCACCUGGCUCCUACAUAUUAUUCUAUGUAUGUAUCUAUUAUUAUUAUUGUCGUUUUUAUGACCUAAUGGUUAUUGUUCGUGCCAACAUUGGUUAUGUUAGUUUUGAAAAAAAAAUAAUAAUUUAAAUGUUUGUCCAUGCCUUUGUUUUCCCUACAUGGGAAACAGUUCUUUUUCAGGACUGAAAAACUAUAAAUGUUGCAAUUAAGAUGUGAAGACUGAAAUGAAUCUAGUGUGGAAGAACAGCAUGGCUCUGUUUAAAUUUUUUAAAUGUUUUUUUUUUUAAUCUGUGGUUUAUUUACUUUGUAUCUUAUUUCGUAUUGUUUGCAUGUGCUUGAAAUGGGCAUUUCGCGAAGAACCUUGGACAGAGCCAACGUCUUCUACCUUAGGUCAUAUUGAGUUUUAUUGUUUAGCAAGAGGGCCCUCUGCUGUCUAUAUUGAACAGGGUCCAUCAGCCAUAACAUUAUUUUUAUUUUUUUGUACCAAUAUGUUCUCUUACCAAAUUGACUGCUUAUGUACACCUUGUUUCGUGUUUAUUUUCAGUGUAUUUGAUUAUGUAAAAAUGAUAAUAAUUUAAAGAAAUGUAGAACAAACUUCACAUAAUUCAUAUUUUUCAUGAAAUAUAUAAAAGCAAUGAGACAACCAAA